CUGCUGGCUGCAGUGUAUUCACUGCAGAGCUUGUGGCCAUAUCUCGUGCACAUCAGUACAUCCAGUCCUGUUCUGGGUGUUCCUCAACAAAAGAACAAGUAAUAUUGUGGCAGUGGAUUCGCUCCUGGAGUAGUACUAUGAAAGGCAUACCUGGGAGAUACAUCAGUGAAACACCUGAAUCACGAGCUAUUUAUCCAUCAUCUAAGGACAGCUGGUUCAUAUCGUUUCUUGUUCUUAGCAAAGGACUCGGCUGCUUUGGCGUGUUCUUAGGAUGUGAUCUGUUGAAGAAACUCAGUGUUAUUCCGCUGGUGUGUUUUGUUAAAUGCAUUGCUGGUUGCUGCUUUCUGUAUCUUCAGAAGCCUUUGCAUCUGGGACACUCACUGUCACAAGCUCAAGUAUGCCGCAUUGCACAGGUUGUGCUCCUGAAAGUGGGCAUCACUAUCCUCAUGUACUACGGCAUGACGAUGUGUGGCCCAUUCCGUUCCAUUCUCAUCCUACAUAAUUAUGAUUUUGCUGUUCUGACAGCUCUUGGAGCUCUCUUCUCUGGUGGCAGUGCAAAACCAGCAGUUAUUCGUGGUGGUGUACUUUUCCUUGCUGCAAUGUUAACCUUAAUAUUUCUUGAUCACGAUGAAAAUGAGCAAAAUUCUGGACAUAGUCAUUUGUUCUCUGGCAUCGGUUCUUGGCUUGGACUUGCAGAUCAUAAGUUGGGAGUUGUACUGCUUUCGAGUGUCCUACCGAUCCAUGCUGGUGCAGAAAUGUUGAGCAAGCGUGCUUCGCAAGAUGUUGGUGGUGAACAACGUCUUCAUGCUCUGUCAACGCUGACAGAGGGUGUUGUGCUUCUCCCGUGGACAAUUGUAUCAUUAUUUCUGCAGGAGAGCCAAGGAGUAUCACUUACUUCAGCAGUUCUGUCAGUUUUCCUUAUUUCAGCCUUCACCCUUGUUGUGCCACACUUUGCUGAUUCAGCCUGCAUACGAAGGUUUGAUAUGCCUCGGGUAGCGAGAAUUGGCUCAGUGUCAAGUUUCCUGUGGGCAUUAUUGGGAGCAGUACUAUGGAGUAAACUGGCUUCAAGUCCAGGUGAUGCUAAUGAUUCCUCAGUCACUUCCCUCUCUGAAGACCACAGGCUUUCAGGAGGAGGAAUACUUGCUUGCAUUUUGUACAUGUUUGCCUCCCUGAGCUUGACAUCUGUUAACAAACCGGGUGCUAAAGGAUCACUAGUAGGAUAUUCAUCAUCAGGGCUACCACUGUACACUUUUACUAGUAGUGCUCUCCAUGACAAGUCUCGAUCAGCCCUCAUAAUUGCCAGUUCAAUGCUUCGGCAGGUACUUGGCAGCAAUAAUAGCCGCAGAAUAUUCUACUUCCUGUGUCUCAAUUUGAGUUUUACAUUCGUGGAAUUUUUGUAUGGUAUAUGGACUAAUAGCCUGGGGCUCAUUUCUGAUGGUUUUCACAUGUUGUUUGAUUGCUCAGCACUUGUCAUGGGACUACUUGCUUCAGUAAUGGCACACUGGAAGCCAACAAAAACCUUCUCAUUUGGCUACAGUCGUGUGGAGGACCUGUCAGGUUUCGUAAAUGGGCUAUUCCUGUUGGUAAUUUCAGUUCUUGUAUUUUCUAAAGGUGUGAGUAGACUUGUGGAUCCUCCAGCUAUUAACACACAACGAUUGCUUGCUGUGUCAGUAGCUGGACUUAUUGUCAACCUUGUUGGAAUUUUAGUGUUCAGACAUGGAUCUUCACAUUCUCAUGAUCAUCAGCAUGGUCACAAACAUAGUCAUGCAGCAGGUUUCCACAGUCAUUCACAUAAUGCUAACAUGGAAGGAGUUUUUCUCCACAUAAUGGCUGAUACACUUGGUAGUGUUGGAGUGAUUGUUUCUUCUCUGCUAAUACAGCAGUUUGGUUGGUACAUAGCAGAUCCAAUCUGUUCCAUGUUUAUUGCAGUGCUAAUUUUUCUUAGUAUAAUUCCACUUCUCAAGCACUCAGCGUAUGUGUUAUUGCUGCGCAGCCCUGUCAAAGAGGGUGACAAACUGCUGGCAGCUCUGCAGCAGGUUACUGCCAUUGAUGGUGUACAGACUAUAAGGAAACAACACUUCUGGCAACAUUCCUCGGACACCAACGUUGGAACAUUGCACAUUCAAGCUGCUCCAGAUGCCAGUGAGCAGAACAUCAUACAGGAGGCAAGUACAGUACAGUAUGGGACUAUAUUUACUGUAUGUGGUGUUUACAAUGUUACAGACAAACUGAUUGAAAUUUUCACAGGCUUGUUCCAUAUUGAAAGAAACUGGAAUCCAUCACUUUUGUGUCCAAGUUGAGAAAGAAGAAUUCUUUGCCCAUAUGGCUGGGCUGAGCUGGCAAAUAAAAGAUCCAGUCCCUGCUUUUGGAGGAAAUAAAGAUGUCCUAUUCCUGGUCAAGGCUGUGUGAUAGAAGAGACUGACACAUAUCAGUAUAGUGCCAUUAUAGUUUACCCAUGGCACUAGAUGAUGUUGACAUUAACUCUGAGAAAAGUGCGGAUAUUCUUGAAAUCAUUUCACCAACUUACUUCUGCAAAAAGGACUGCAGUGUAUUAGUGAUGUAAUCCAUUAUGUUAAAAUUCCAUUACAAUCAAAUUUUAGGCAUUUUGUUUGUAUUGAAAAUGCCAAAUACAUAAGCUGUAUUGUCCAAUAGAUUUAUCAGAUCAGGGUAAAAAGUAAUUCUUUAUGAAUCUGUAUUCAAACAUGUCCUGUUUUGAUAGAUUUGUAAUUUAGAUUUUUUUACUAGUUGUAAUAUUUAUUUGCAACAUUGUGAAGCUUCAUGAUUACUACAAGAAGUAAGGAAUUAAUGUUACAUGUCAGAAAUUUUUCUGUUCCUGAGUAUUAAGUACUUACACCUAAGUAUGUUUUGUUUAUGUGACUGCAACGAACUACCUAUGCAACUGGAAUAAUAACUUGAAUCAAAAAUGGA